AUGGUCAAGGCAACCGCCCUCGUUGUACCGGAGCUGAACGCGCCCUUUGAAAUGAGGACCGUGGAGCUGGACGAAUUGAGACCAAACGAAGUCUUGGUGGAUCUGAAGGCGACCAGCAUAUGCCACACCGAUCUCGCAGUACAGGCGGGAAAGAUUCCCAUGCCGUUCCCUGUCGUUUUGGGACAUGAAGGAGCAGGGGUGGUACGUGCAGUUGGCUCAAAUGUCAAAGACUGCGAAGCUGGCGACCAUGUCAUCCUCUCUUACAACUUCUGUGGCGAAUGCCGCUUUUGUAAGGAAAAGAAGACGUAUCAAUGCGAAAAGUCGGCCGCCUGCAAUUUUGGCGGGUCAAGACAGGACGGUUCGCAAACAAUUCUGUCAGACUCAACACCAUUCAGCACCUGCUUCUUCGGCCAGUCGUCAUUCUGUAACCCUGCCGUUGUUCAAGAGACUUCAAUUGUGAAAAUUGACGAAAAGCUUCCUCUUCCUGUUGUCUGCGCCUUGGGAUGUGGUUUCCAAACAGGGGCGGGCGCCAUCUACAACGUCGUCAAACCUAUUGAAAGGAAAGUGCAAUAUCUUGCAAUCUUUGGCAUUGGAGGUGUUGGAUGUGCCUCCGUGAUGGCAGCACAUCACUUGGCCACGACAAACCCGUCAACCCCGUUUGAGAUCAUUGCCAUCGAUAUCAAUCCUGAACGCCUGCAACUCGCCAAAACGUUGGGCGCUACUCACGUGAUUGAUUCAAUGAAGGAGGACCUCAAAAGUACGGUCAUGACAAUCACCGCCGGGCGUGGUCUGGACGCAGCUGUGGACUGUUCAGGCAAUAUGCAUGUGAUUAACGGCAUGCUCGAUUUGCUUGGGGUGGGGAGCCUGGCGGUCACUGUAGGAUCACCGCCUGCUGGUACGAAGGCCUCGGUGGAUGUCUUCGACCUGUUGAUUGGAUGCAAGACCUAUUGCGGUUGUCAUCAAGGAUGGGCUUAUGCCAAAGAAUUCAUUCCAUCGCUUGCCGAACUAUACGCCAAAGGGCAAUUUCCCCUGGAGAGCUUGCAAAAAACAUACCCUGUGCAGGACAUCAACACUGCUUGCAAGGAUAUGCUGAAAGGUGACGUCUUGAAGCCGGUGUUACUUUGGGAAUAA